GGUCAGAGGGGAAUGUACAGAAGUAACCUGGUUGAGUAUCGUCACAUCACCCCACACUCGGGUGUUUCAAGCCUCUGAACCGGCAACUGUGACAUCAUCAUGAUGUGAUUUCACCCCGGAAACGGAUGUCUUCUAAACGCCAGUAAUUCAUUGAAGUCUUCAACUCAACUGUUCAGGAUUGCGUGCAGGUUUAUCUCCACCGUGGUUGCAGCCUGUACGUGUCAUCCAGCCAUGGCACAGCAGGAAGAUGCUGCCAAGAAGCACCCAGCUAUGGCGGCAGUGCACUCCCACUUCAUUGUGGGAUCGGUGUCUGAGGAGAAUUCAGAAGAUGAAGUCCAAGGGAAACCGGAUGUGCAGCUGGAAGAGAAGGAGGGACGGUCUUUGUCACCUUCAUCCGGGAGCUCUGAUAGCACCAAUGACAAUAGCUUUGAGCACAUUGAUGCCUCCAUACUGAACAAUCUAAGGCCGAGCAUGUCUGGGCUGCACUUGAUGAAACAAAAUCGCGAUCGCCGACGUACUGAUCUGCAGAGGGACUUCACCGUGGCAUCUCCUGCUGAGUUUGUCACACGUUUUGGUGGCAACAAGGUCAUUGAGAAGGUGCUUAUUGCUAAUAAUGGAAUUGCUGCAGUUAAGUGCAUGCGCUCUAUUCGCCGCUGGGCUUACGAGAUGUUUCGGAACGAACGAGCAAUCCGAUUUGUGGUGAUGGUAACCCCGGAGGACCUGAAGGCCAAUGCCGAAUACAUAAAAAUGGCAGAUCAUUAUGUGCCUGUGCCAGGAGGGACUAAUAACAACAACUAUGCCAAUGUGGAGCUCAUUUUGGACAUAGCUAAACGAAUACCUGUGCAGGCUGUGUGGGCUGGAUGGGGUCAUGCAUCAGAGAACCCCAAACUGCCAGAGCUGCUCCAUAAGCAUGGCAUUGCUUUUAUGGGUCCUCCGAGUCAGGCGAUGUGGGCACUUGGAGAUAAGAUUGCUUCAUCUAUUGUGGCCCAGACUGCUGGCAUCCCCACCUUGCCAUGGAGUGGAUCAGGCCUGACAGUCAAAUGGCUUGAGGUCAACCAAAAAAAACGAAUUAUCAAUGUUCCUCAUGAUUUGUAUGAGCUUGGCUGCAUCCAUGAUGUAGACAAAGGCCUGGAAGCUGCUGACAAGAUCGGCUACCCAGUUAUGGUGAAAGCCUCAGAAGGAGGGGGAGGCAAAGGGAUCCGUAAAGUUAACAGCGCUGAUGAUUUCCCAAACCUAUUCAGACAAGUCCAGGCAGAGGUUCCAGGUUCCCCCGUGUUCGUCAUGCAGCUCGCCAGACAUGCCCGCCACUUGGAGGUUCAGAUCUUGGCAGACCAAUACGGCAAUGCCAUUUCCUUGUUUAGCAGAGAUUGUUCAGUCCAGCGGCGACAUCAGAAAAUUAUAGAGGAGGCGCCUGCCACCAUUGCCCCAUCUGAUGUGUUUGAAGAUAUGGAAAGGUGUGCUGUGAAGCUGGCCAAGAUGGUGGGCUAUGUAAGUGCGGGCACAGUGGAAUACCUCUAUAGCCAAGAUGGCAGCUUCUACUUCCUGGAGCUCAACCCUCGUCUGCAGGUUGAACACCCUUGUACUGAGAUGGUGGCUGAUGUCAACUUACCCGCUGCCCAGUUGCAAAUUGCAAUGGGCAUCCCCCUUUAUCGAAUCAAAGACAUCAGGAUGCUUUAUGGGACGCAGCCCUGGGGUGACUCUCCCAUCGACUUUGACGGUCUGUCGACGGCCGCCUCCCCACGAGGUCACGUCAUAGCAGCUCGCAUCACCAGUGAAAAUCCAGAUGAGGGUUUCAAACCGAGCUCCGGCACUGUACAAGAGCUAAACUUUCGCAGCAAUAAGAACGUGUGGGGCUACUUCAGUGUUGCAGCCGCUGGUGGACUGCAUGAGUUUGCGGACUCCCAAUUUGGACACUGUUUUUCAUGGGGAGAGAAUCGUGAAGAAGCCAUUUCUAACAUGGUAGUUGCUUUGAAAGAGUUGUCUAUCAGAGGAGACUUCAGGACCACUGUGGAAUACCUCAUAAAGCUGCUGGAAACACAAAGCUUUCAGCACAACACCAUCGACACGGGCUGGCUGGAUCGGCUCAUCUCAGAGAAGAUGCAGGCUGAGCGUCCAGACACAAUGCUGGGGCUUGUGAGUGGAGCUCUUCAUGUGGCAGAUGUUAAUCUAAGAAACAGUGUGUCCAUUUUCCUGCAUUCUCUGGAGAGGGGUCAGGUGCUGGCAGCACACACACUUCUCAAUACAGUGGAUGUGGAACUGAUCUAUGAAGACAUCAAGUACAUCCUGACUGUGACUCGCCAAUCUCCCAACUCAUAUGUGCUCAUCAUGAACAACUCCACAGUCGAAGUGGAUGUCCAUCGGCUAAGCGACGGAGGUUUGUUGCUGUCCUACGACGGCAGCAGCUACACGACCUACAUGAAGGAAGAGGUAGACAGUUAUCGCAUCACCAUAGGAAACAAGACCUGUGUUUUCGAAAAGGAGAACGACCCAUCGCUGCUGCGAUCUCCCUCAGCAGGAAAAAUCAUCCAGUACACGGUCGAAGAUGGCGGUCAUGUUUUUUCUGGCCAGUGUUACGCUGAAAUAGAAGUGAUGAAGAUGGUCAUGACCCUCACUGCUGCUGAGUCUGGUUGUAUUCACUAUGUGAAGAGGGCGGGAGCAUCACUUGAACCCGGCUGUGUCAUAGCCAAACUUCAACUUGACGACCCCACACGGGUGCAACAGGCAGAGCUACAUACAGGUACCUUGCCCUCUACCCAGGCUGUUGCUCUGCGAGGAGAGAAACUACACAGAGUUUUCCACAACACACUGGAUCAUCUUGUUCACGUCAUGAACGGCUACUGUCUCCCUGAGCCUUUUUUUAGCACCAAGUUGAAAGAGUGGGUCGAAAGGCUGAUGAAAACCAUGCGUGACCCCUCGUUGCCGCUGUUGGAGCUUCAAGACAUUAUGACCAGCGUCUCAGGUCGCAUCCCCCCUGCCGUGGAGAAAGCCAUCAAGAAGGAGAUGGCUCAGUAUGCCAGCAACAUCACCUCAGUGCUCUGCCAGUUCCCCAGUCAGCAGAUUGCAAACAUCCUGGACAGCCAUGCUGCAACGCUGAACAAGAAGUCUGAAAGAGAAGUCUUCUUCAUGAACACGCAAAGCAUUGUUCAGCUGGUGCAAAAAUAUCGCAGUGGGAUCCGAGGUUACAUGAAAGCGGUGGUGAUCGAUUUACUCCGACAAUACCUGAAAGUCGAGAUCCAGUUUCAGAAUGGACACUAUGACAAGUGUGUGUUUGCCCUGCGUGAAGAAAACAAAGGUGACAUGGCAAAUGUGCUCAACUACAUCUUCUCCCAUGCCCAAGUUACUAAGAAGAACCUGCUGGUAACAAUGCUGAUUGACCAGUUGUGUGGCCGUGAUCCUACACUGACGGAAGAACUGAUGGCCAUGCUGACUGAAUUCACCCAGCUCAGCAAGACAACAAACGCAAAGGUGGCACUUCGUGCACGGCAGGUGUUGAUAGCAUCUCACCUCCCCUCUUAUGAGCUCCGCCACAACCAGGUGGAGUCCAUCUUCCUCUCUGCCAUUGAUAUGUACGGCCACCAAUUCUGCAUUGAGAAUCUCCAGAAACUUAUCCUUUCCGAGACAUCAAUCUUUGAUGUUUUGCCCAACUUCUUCUACCACAGUAAUCAGGUUGUCCGAAUGGCCGCCCUUGAGGUUUAUGUGCGCCGAGCAUACAUCGCUUAUGAGCUCAACAGCGUGCAGCAUCGCCAGUUGAAGGAUAACACAUGCAUAGUAGAGUUCCAGUUCAUGCUCCCCUCCUCACACCCAAACAGAGGGAACAUCCCCACUCUAAACAGGAAAAUGUCUGCUCCUGCAGUCCUGGACAAUGUAAAAGCCAAAACGGUCUCAAUUGUUGAAUCUGCAGACAGGAUGUCAUUCUCAUCAAACCUGAACCACUAUGGCAUGGUGCACAUGGCUAGCGUGAGCGACGUUUUGCUGGACACAUCCUUUACGCCGCCCUGUCAGCGAAUGGGCGCCAUGGUCUCCUUUCGCUCAUUCCAGGAGUUCACCAAGAACAUAACAGAUGUGUUGAGUUGCUUCAGCGACUCUCCGCCCCCAAGCCCGACCUUCCCCGAGGGUGGGAAUCCCGUCCUGUAUGGUGAAGAGGACAACAAGAGCACCCAAGAGGAGCCCAUCCAUAUACUGAAUGUGGCUAUAAAGACCGACAGCGACAUGGACGAUGAUGGCCUGGCAGCCAUGUUUCGGGACUUCACCCAAUCAAAGAAAUCUCUGCUGUUUGAACACGGAAUCCGUCGCUUGACAUUCCUUGUGGCUCAGAAGGAUUUCAGGAAGCAAAUCAACUGUGAGGUGGACCAAAGGUUUCACAGAGAAUUCCCCAAAUUUUUCACAUUCCGCGCCAGAGAUAAGUUUGUGGAAGAUAGGAUCUACCGCCACUUGGAGCCGGCUUUAGCUUUCCAGCUGGAGCUCAACCGCAUGCGAAAUUUUGCCCUGACAGCAAUUCCCUGUGCCAACCACAAGAUGCACCUCUAUCUGGGUGCAGCGCGCGUAGAAGUCGGGGCAGAAGUUACGGACUACCGGUUCUUUGUGCGAGCCAUUAUCCGCCAUUCUGAUUUAGUCACAAAAGAGGCCUCAUUUGAAUACCUUCACAAUGAGGCCGAGCGUUUGCUUCUUGAGGCCAUGGAUGAGCUCGAGGUUGCUUUCAACAACACAACCGUGCGCACCGACUGUAACCACAUCUUCCUCAAUUUUGUCCCCACCGUCAUCAUGGACCCGUCAAAGAUCGAGGAGUCCGUGCGUUCCAUGGUGAUGCGUUACGGCAGCCGGCUUUGGAAACUGCGUGUCCUGCAAGCUGAACUGAAAAUUAACAUCCGCCUGACUCCGACGGGAAAGCAAAUCCCCAUUCGCUUGUUUCUCACAAAUGAAUCCGGCUACUACCUGGACAUCAGCCUCUACAAAGAAGUCACCGACUCCCAAACGGGACAGGUGGGGCCCAAAGACCGCCAGAUAAUGUUCCAGGCGUAUGGAGACAAGCAAGGUCCUUUGCACGGCAUGCUCAUCAACACACCCUAUGUCACCAAGGACUUGCUGCAGUCAAAGCGUUUUCAAGCCCAAUCAUUGGGCACCACCUACGUCUAUGAUUUUCCAGAAAUGUUUCGACAGGCUCUGAAAAAGCUGUGGCACUCAACCCAAGCUCAUGCAUUUGUACCCAAAUGCCCACUUCCCUCUGAGUUGCUGACCUUCACCGAGCUGGUGUUGGAUGCCCAAGGUCAACUGGUGCAGAUGAACCGACUGCCAGGUGGCAAUGAGAUCGGUAUGGUGGCAUGGCGAAUGACCCUCCGCUCACCAGAAUAUCCAACAGGGCGUGAGAUCAUCGUCAUCAGUAAUGACAUCACACACAAGAUCGGCUCCUUCGGACCUCAGGAGGACGUGCUGUUUCUGCGUGCCUCCGAAAUGGCACGAGAGGGUGGGAUCCCUCGUCUCUACAUUGCGGCCAACAGCGGCGCCCGCAUUGGCCUGGCUGAGGAAAUCCGUCACAUGUUCCACGUGGCCUGGCAAGAUCCAGCUGACCCGUACAAGGGUUUCAAGUAUCUAUACCUCACACCUCAGGAUUAUAAGAAAGUCUCAGCCCUGAACUCUGUACACUGCGACCAUGUGGAGGACGAGGGAGAAUCCAGGUACAAGAUCACUGACAUCAUUGGAAAGGACGAGGGGCUGGGCGUGGAGAAUCUGAAAGGGUCUGGCAUGAUUGCUGGAGAAUCCUCUGUGGCUUAUGAGGAGAUCAUCACCAUGAACCUGGUAACGUGCCGAGCCAUUGGAAUCGGAGCCUAUCUUGUGAGACUUGGUCAAAGAACCAUUCAGGUGGACAACUCGCACAUAAUCCUUACUGGGGCUGGAGCACUCAACAAGGUGCUAGGCAGAGAGGUUUAUACAUCAAAUAACCAGCUCGGUGGAAUCCAAAUCAUGCACAACAAUGGUGUGACCCACAGCACUGUUUGUGAUGACUUUGAGGGAGUCUUUACUCUCCUGCAGUGGCUCUCUUACAUGCCCAAGUGCAAAUUUAGCCCGGUGCCCAUUCUGAGUGCCAAGGACCCCAUCGAUAGGAAUGUUGAAUUUGUGCCAACAAAGGCACCCUAUGAUCCCCGUUGGAUGUUAGCUGGUCGUCCAAGCCAGAGUCCAAAAGGCUCUUCUUGGCAGAGCGGCUUCUUUGACCACGGCUCCUUCAUGGAGAUGAUGCAGCCAUGGGCUCAGAGCGUGGUGGUCGGCAGAGCUCGAUUGGGUGGGAUACCAACUGGAGUGGUUGCUGUGGAAACUAGGUCAGUGGAGCUGUCAAUCCCAGCUGAUCCAGCUAAUUUGGACUCAGAGGCCAAGAUCAUCCAGCAGGCUGGACAAGUGUGGUUCCCCGAUUCAGCUUUCAAAACAGCCCAAGCUAUAAAGGACCUGAACCGAGAGGGGCUGCCUCUCUUUGUAUUUGCCAACUGGAGGGGCUUUUCCGGAGGAAUGAAAGACAUGUACGACCAGGUGUUGAAGUUCGGUGCCUAUAUUGUGGACGGGCUCCGGGAGUACAAGCAGCCCGUCCUGGUUUACAUUCCACCCCAGGCCGAGCUGCGUGGAGGUUCCUGGGUGGUUAUAGAUCCCACCAUCAACCCUCGUCACAUGGAGAUGUACGCCGACAAGGACAGCCGAGGUGGAGUGCUGGAGCCUGAGGGGACAGUGGAGAUCAAGUUUAGGAGGAAGGACCUGGUGAAGACGAUGAGACGAGUCGAUCCCAUCUACACGAGCUUGGCCGAAAGACUGGGAACCCCAGAGUUAAGCCCUCCUGACCGCAAAGAGCUGGAGACAAAACUAAAAGAGCGGGAAGAGUUUCUGUUGCCGAUCUACCACCAGGUGGCUGUUCAGUUUGCAGACCUCCACGACACUCCGGGCCGCAUGCAGGAGAAGGGCGUCAUUACGGACAUCCUGGAGUGGCAAACAUCCCGACAGUUCUUCUACUGGCGCCUCCGCCGCCUCCUCCUGGAAGAGACAGUCAAGAGAAAGAUCCAAGCAGCCAACAGCGAGCUGACAGACGGACAAGUGCAGGCAAUGCUGCGCCGCUGGUUUGUUGAGGCAGAAGGCGCUGUCAAGGCCUAUCUGUGGGACAACAACGAGGAGGUGGUGGGAUGGCUCGAGAGGCAGCUGGCCGAAGACGAGGGAGCGAGGUCCGUCAUCGAUGAGAACAUCAAGUACAUUCGCCGUGAUCACAUCCUCAAGCAGAUUCGCAGCUUCGUUCAAGCUAACCCAGAGGUGGCAAUGGAUUCCAUCGUGCACAUGACCCAGCACAUCUCACCGACACAGAGAGCUGAGGUGGUGCGUAUAUUGUCCACUAUGGAGACCUCAACCUCCUCCUAGCGCUGAGUCCACAGCCGUCUAGCUCGGGGUCUGGGCUGCCAAGCAACGUUCGGAGGAGCCAACGUGAGCGCCCCUUGGCAGCCGCCAGGGAACCAAUGAAUCGUUGGUAAUGAUUCUCAACAAUGUGAUAUUUUGUAAGUUGUCUUAACAACCAAUUUGGAUAAAAGUGCAUAUGUUGCAUUCAAGUUCAAUUGGCUAAUUAUAUUUGAUGACCAAUUGGAUCUGGUGUGGGGUUUGAACUAACCAACUGGAAUGUUGUCAUAUUCCAAUGCAUCAUGCUUUCGGACAACGUAGUCAUAGUUAAAUAUUUGGAGGACAAUGCCAACAGCUUUGGCGAGAAAGUGUCUUUUAAACUACCAACGAGGGCGCACUUAGUUACUGAGCAGAAAAAUAGCAAGAACGUUAUAACCCAUUUGGACAGAAGAGCACAGCGGGGAGCAAAAGGAGCCCUUUUAGCCGCUGACUGCUUCCCAGUUCUCCUGCGGUGAACACAAAACUACAGCUGUCCCUUCUGUUCCCACUUCACGCUGCUCCACAUGCACUUUAUGCCGCUUCGCUGUUCACGUUGCAUACCGAAUCAAACAUGCCCUCGCUGAAAAUGUGGCAUCCAUGUCAUCACGCUCACUGUUACACACACAUGCGGUGAACACGUAGAAAUUGAAUGGGAAAUGCUAAUGGUACUACACGCAGAGAUGAUAACGGCAUUUUUUUUUUCUUUUCUCAACAUUUAUUUUGUCUCAUGUAUCUUGUUAGUCUUCAAAACAAUCACUGAAAAUAGCAUUGUGGUUAUAGAUUUGUUUUUACAAUAGGACAUAUUUGGAAUACAUGAUGAGAUCACCUCUGUUCAAUGAUUCAUGUCACGUAAGCAAAUGUCUCACUGUAGUUCGCGUUGAUUCUGUUUAUUAAUAUUUUGUACUAAAUGUCGCUAAUUUUUCGUAACAGGUUAUUCUCAGUUGCAAAUUUCCCUGCUUGAUUUUGGUUUGGGAAAAAAAAAGUUACUUUGUGACAAGUGUAUGACAGAGGUACUGUACAGACAGUAUGUUUAAUGCUAAACUGCACUGUAAAUGUUGAACUCAGUCCUUGACAUCACUGCCUCAUUAUGUUCGCUUUACAAUGUGAAAACGGCUUUGUGCUCAGUGCUGUGCCUUUAUUUUUUUUUCUUGACCUGGACUGACUUGCCAGCCAGUUUUGCUUUUUAACGCACAGGUUGUAACCUUGAAAUAAUGGUGAAAUAAAGGCGUGUCGGCAAUCGAAAAUAAAGCGUAGCCACG